CAUCAUUGGGCAGACCACUAUCUGUGCGCGUAUCUACUUGACUCGCACUCUUGCGAAGAACAGUCAGAGACAGACGGGAUCACAGCCAUUCCUCAGAUAGAGGCAGAGCUCAGUAGUCCUUCUGAACGACAGGGUAAUAAAAUAACCUGGACAAUCCGUACUAGUAUAUCGUUGUUAUACACUUCUACUUGACCUCUACAACCUGUUUUGGGACAGACGCCUCCGCCUGUCACCCACGCCUCCUCCCACCGCUGGGAGCCCGCCCACACCUCCUGGCCUCCCUCCACCUGGGUCCUGGAACUCCGCCGACCGACCGACCGACCGAACCCAGCUGCAGGCGAAGGAAGCACCACUAUUCUAUUCCUCGUUCGAACCGCAACCGAUACAAAACCGGCAGGCGCGCGAGACGUAUGAAAAGGCAAAUCCGAACGUGUGGUCAUUCAUCUCUAAUUCUAGACUACCCUAUAUCUAUAAACGAAAUUAUCAACAUUUUUAGAAGAUAAAAAGGCUUUCAAUUACAGAAAGCAGAACAGACAGAAGCGGUAGUUAAUGUUUUGGAGCUUCGCAUCAUCUUGGUGUUUUCUCUAGCUGCGCUCAACUCGAACACCCGUUCAGUUUCGUUCCAUCCAGAAUUCUGUCCACUGAAUGAAGAAUCUUUGCCACCCUGCGGUUUUGCUGAAGCUCUGACUUUGGAGCCGUAUUCAAAAUAGUCUGGACGGAGAAACAUUCGUCAUUCUAACAUAUCGGCUUUGCUGGUGUGUUCUGAAGUUCUGACGGACGGUUCUGACUUUGGAGCCGUAUUCUAAUAGACUGGACGGAGAAACAUUCGUCAUUCUAACAUAUCGGUUUUACUGGUGUGUUCUGAAGUUCUGACGGACGGUUCUGACUUUGGAGCCGUAUUCUAAUAGACUGGACGGAGAAACAUUCGUCGUUGUAACAUAUCGAGUGGACGAGUCAGAGACUGGCUGGAAAUUAUUAUUUUGCCCUCAACACCGUAACGCAUGGUGGGAGUUUCUGCCUCUUUUCAGUAUCACACUGAGAAGUGCUCCACUAUGCCCGACUCACCUGCGGAUGUGAAAACACAAUCCAGGUUAACUCCAUCCACCAUGCCUCCUCCUCCUCCAACCACCCAGGGAGCCCCUCGGACCAGCUCAUUCACACCUACUACAUUAACCAACGGCAACAACAGCCACUCCCCCACGGCGUUAAAUGGAGCUCCCUCGCCACCCAACGGCUUCAGCAACGGGCCUAGCUCCUCCUCAUCUUCCUCGCUGGCGAAUCAGCUGCUCCCUCUUGCGUGCGGCGCCCGGCAGCUCAGCAAGCUGAAACGCUUCCUCACAACUCUACAGCAGUUCGGCAACGACAUCUCGCCUGAGAUCGGAGAACGCGUCCGCAUGCUGGUGCUGGGGCUGGUGAAUUCCACGUUGACCAUAGAGGAAUUCCACUCCAAGCUCCAAGAAGCGACCAACUUCCCGCUCCGACCCUUCGUCAUCCCGUUCCUGAAGGCCAACCUGCCACUCCUACAGCGGGAGCUGCUGCACUGUGCCCGUCUGGCCAAGCAGAACCCAGCUCAGUACCUGGCACAACACGAACAGCUCCUCCUGGACACCUCCUCCACCACCUCCCCCGUCGACUCCCCAGAACUACUCCUAGACCUCAACGACAACGGCAAGAGGAGAACACCUGACAGAACCAAAGUGAACGGCUUCGACAGGGAUGGCCCCCUGCACCUGGAGACCUCCAGUAAGAGACCCUGUACGAUCAGCCCGGCAGGCCAAAGGUUCAGCCCCUCCAACGGUCUCUCCUACCAACCUAACGGCCUGGCCCAUGGACACCCCACGCCGCCCCCUCCCCCGCCCCCACAGCACUACCGGCUGGACGACAUGGCCAUCACAAACCAUUACAGAGACUCACCACACUACCGCCACCCCAACCACAACCACCGCGAGCUCAGGGAGAGACCACGACCACUGGGAAUGCACGGGGCUCGUCAGGAAGAGGUGAUCGACCACCGGUUGACAGACAGAGAAUGGGGGGAGGAAUGGAAGCACCUUGACCAUGUAAGAAAACUGCUGAACUGCAUCAUGGACAUGGUGGAGAAGACGAGGCGUUCUCUCACCGUGCUGCGGCGCUGCCAGGAGGCUGACAGGGAGGAGCUUAACUACUGGAUCAGACGAUACAGCGACGCGGACGACCUGAAGAAAGGAGUCAGCAGGACCCAGAGCAGACAGCACAGUCCUACAGGACAGGACGACCUCACUACAGAGAUUCACCGGGAUCUUCUCCAUAGACCAAUGACGACCGGAUACAUACCUGAAGAAAUCUGGAAGAAAGCCGAAGAGGCUGUGAACGAGGUGAAGCGCCAGGCCAUAUCAGAGCUCCAGAAGGCGGUGUCAGAGGCAGAGAGGAAGGCCCAUGAGAUGAUAAGCACUGAGCGGUCCAAGAUGGAGCGUACGGUGGCAGAGGCCAAGAGACAGGCAGCGGAGGACGCACUGACUGUCAUCAACCAGCAGGAGGACUCCAGCGAGAGUUGUUGGAACUGCGGGCGGAAGGCGAGCGAGACCUGCAGUGGCUGUAACACGGCGCGCUACUGCGGCUCCUUCUGCCAGCACAAAGACUGGGAGAAACACCACCACGUGUGUGGACAGACUCUCCAGGCCUCCCAGGCUGCUCAGCAGCAGCAGGGUACAGAGACCUCCACUACACCCUCUAGUAGAGCAUGCAGCCCAGCCGGAACCCCGCCUGCCACCACACCCCGCUCCGCCACUCCAGGAACCCCCUCUACGCUGGAAUCCACGCCGCACUAAACCGGGAGCCACCCGGGGAGCCAUCGGAGACUCCCAGUAGCCCAACAUGACUGACUCACUUCAUGCUAAAUGCUAACGCGCUAACACUACUUAUGUUGGAGUAUGUUGGUCCCACACAACACAGGAGGUUUAUACAUGUAGAUCAGUCACAUUGACUUGUCAUGAUUAACUAAGAACACAAAGAUAUUAUUAUUAUUAUUACUAUUGCUGUUAUUCAUCCGUUGUCGUCUACGUUUGUUGUUGUUGAUGAUUGUUGACGUUGUCAUUGUUGCUUCUCUUACAUUGUUUCCUGUAAAUUUGAAUCAUAGAAAGCAAAACAGCCUACAGCGAUGACAGUCCAGACAAGUACAUAUACGAACCUCCCCUUUGUGUUCAGUUCCGCUUCCUAAAUGUGUUGUUGUUUACCUGGGAGGUAAUAUGAAACUAGCUGACCUCAGACACCAAACAACAUACCAAUGGAAUAUUACUACAACACAAACACUGUGGAAAAAGCAGACGCCAACUCUCUUAUCAUGGGAAGACCACAAAUACAAAGAACAGACAGACAGACAGAGAGACAGACAGGUGGAUAGUACCCAUGGGUUACAGACAGACAGACAGACAGACAGACAGACAGACAGACAGACAGACAGACAGACAGACAGACAGACAGACAGACAGACAGACAGACAGACAGACAGACAGACAGACAGACAGGUGGAUAGUACCCAUGGGUUACAGACAGAGGGACUGUAUCUGCCAGCAGCAAGGUGCAGAUGUGGAACAGACUGUAAAGGAACCACAGCUGUUCCUCGUGACUAGUAAUAAUGUCCAGGUCAGUGGACUGACUAACACAAAGAUGUCUCCCUCCCUGAGGAAUGGAAGAGCAAGGAACCAUACAAAUGACCAACCCUGGAUACCAAGAUAGAACUAAUACCUGACCAUGUACAUGGAAAGAAGGACUCUGUCUGAAGUAUGUUACACCUGCACUUACUAUCUCUCUGUUCCAAACCAGGAAGUGAAGAGAAUGUGAGGUCAUUAACCCGCGCCAGAGAGACUGUCAGCUCCUCACUAUGACAACCACCGGGAAACAAAGAGCAGAAGAGAUUACCUAUGAAUCAGUGAGAGAAAACAGAAGGACACCCUGAACCCAACUCUACUCUCUCUCUGUCCUGCCCAUCUCCUCUGAAACCACUCUACUCUCUCUCUGUCCUGCCCAUCUCCUCUGAACCCAACUCUACUCUCUCUCUGUCCUGCCCAUCUCCUCUG